AUGGUAAAGACAACGCUACCAGGCCUGCGGUCAGAAAUGACGCGCUUCAAUCAGGUAGCACUGUGGCAUCCAGGGCACUCGAGUGUUCCUUCCAAGAAAACACCUGAACGUAGUUUGUGGGUUGAUUACUGUGAAAACUCUACGAUUCAUGGAUUUAAGUAUUUCGUUGGCAGCAAGCGAACGCUGGUGGAGAGGAUUUGGUGGAUCAUCGUGUGCCUCCUGUCGGUGUAUGGCUGUGGCAAGUUGAUAUACAGUAUCUACAACAAGUGGGACCUCGAACCGGUGGUGGUGACGUUUGCGGAGAAGUCAAUCCCGGUCUACACCAUUCCCUUUCCCGCCAUUAUGGUCUGUCCGGAGAUUAAGGCCCGGCGAGAGGUGUUUAACUUCACAAACAGCUACGAGCUGUACAGUGAGCCCGGUAUCGCCCAAUUCAUGGCCAAAGCACAAGUUGAUAGGUUGGAAGCGCUGCUGCAGGUUUGUGACUUUUCGUUCGGCGUGGACAUGAACAACAGUUCGUACGAUGAUGAUUUGGCUGCACGGCUGCAAGAGAUGGCAAUUCCGUUUGAGGAUAUCUUCGUGAGCUGUGGCUGGAGGGCACGGCCGGUGGAUUGUGGGUUGCUGUUUAAGAAACAGUUCACCGAAGCUGGCAUCUGCUACACAUUCAACUCGCUCGCGGCUGACGAUCUGAUGCGGAAGGAGGCACUGCAUCCGGACUACGUCUUUCCGGAGGAGAACAUCUCUUCCAUGUUCUGGUCCAUGGACGAAGGGUUCCGCGAGGGAGCAGCUGGGGAUAGCUAUCCGAGGCGAACGUUCGGGGCCGGGAUCAGGGCUGGAAUGUUCGUGAUCCUUAAAGCACGGAUGAAGGACGCAGACUAUCUGUGCAGCAACUCUUUUCAGGGAUUCAAAGUGCAUCUCUAUCCUCCACACCAGUACCCGAGGGUGUACAAUCAAUUCUUUCGAAUUCCGCUGGGCCAGGAAGUGUCCGUCUCGGUCGAUCCGUUGGUCAUCGAUACUUCGCCCAAGAUCAAAAGCUACAACUCUCAGCGGCGCAAGUGUUUCUACAAUCGUGAGCGACGUUUACGAUUCUUCAAACUCUACACUAAAAACAACUGCGAAACGGAAUGUCUCUCGAAUUACACUCUGCAGUCGUGUGGUUGUGUUCAGUUCGCACUACCACGAUCACCUGAGGCAAGGGUUUGCGGAUUAGGCAAAGCGAGCUGUUGCGAUCAAGCUCUGUCGAUGUUGGAGCAGAUGGAUCUGUUGCACGAGAUGAACCGAUCGAACAACUUUCUGGAGCACUGCAACUGUUUGCCAUCCUGCAACACUGUUUACUAUAACACCGAGAUCUCCCAGGCACAGUUCGAUUGGCGCAUGCUGGCCGAGAAGAUCCGGUUGAUAUCACACGAGAUAGAUGAAACCGAACUCUCCCUCCUGACGGUCCAUUUCAAGGUGUCGCGGGUGAUCCCGGUCCGACGAAGCGAACUGUUUGGCGUAACCGACUUUCUGGCCAAUUGUGGCGGCAUUCUUGGGCUCUUCAUGGGCGUCAGUAUACUCAGCAUCGUCGAGAUCCUCUACUACUGCACGUUGAAGCCUUUUAUGGCACGUCGCCGCACCGACCAGGCGGCGUCGGUGGCCACCAAAUCCAAACUCAUCCUACCACCAACCGGGCCGCCUCGCAAAGAAGCCAUGAAAUGGUGA